GUUAACCGGAGAGGAAAAAGGGGACACGAAACCACCGUGGCUGCAAUGGCGUCGCCCGCUCCCGCGACCGCGAAGCCCAUCGCUCUCCGGCGGCCGCCGGUCCCAGUCCGCGGCGGAUUCUGCCCGGCGCGUCCCUCCAUGGCUGCGGCGGCAGGCCGGUUCAGAGUCUCGGCCUCCGCUUCCGCCUCGGACGUGCCCGACUUCCUCUCCUCCGACUGGCUUGAAACACGCAAGAAGAAGCCUUUGGGCCCCAGGUUGAAUUUUAAUGCAGAAGAAGCAGUGGAGUACCAGCUUGAGGCCUUGAAAUACAAUGACAAACCCCGCCCGGAUUAUGGGGUAGAGGUCAUGUACCGGUUUGCAGGCUUUGAUCCAUUUGAAAGGUCAACUUAUUUUGGACGACAGUUUGAUCUUGGGCAGUUCGAGCGUUUCCGGCGGAUAUUUCACCAUUCGACUUACAGAGUGCUGCUUGGCCACAAAGAAAGAGAGAUAUUAAGCAGAUUAUGGGUUGAAGAGAACCGGUUUAAGCAGAGAGUCUGGGUCCGAGGAGCUCGCCCGGAGGAAGAAGAGAUAUUCCAGUUCACAAUGGUUCAGAGAGUUGGCGGCUCAUGGGAUGGUUACUGGCUAACCGAGAGCUUGACCAACGACGACGGGGACGCAUUCUCAGGCGGGGUUGCUUAUUGACAGGUGGACAAAACACCCGGAUUCUGGAUAUCUUGGAAAGGUUGCUGAGCCGAACACACGGGCUCUGUCGGAAGGAACCAAGGUUCUUCACCAAACCUCACCAGACACCAGCAACUUGCCUCAGCCUUUUCUAUCUACUCUUAUAUCAUUCUGAGUUUGACCAAUCAGAAGCACGUCUCAUCGCCGAUCUGCGCGAGUGCCUGACUUGCGAGUUCGUCUUCGAUGCUUCCUCCUUCGAUCUUGGCGACCGGUCAGUUCACCUGUGCCGGUCGAGGUUGUCCGUUGACGGGUUCCUUUCCGGUCAGCCUGUGUCGCGGCGAGACCUGCUGGUUCUAAAAAACACAAGGAAGACAUGGACCUCAAGGCUACCAGUCUGACAUGCCACUCACCUGAAAGAGGAGAGCUGAAAGAGGAGAAGGCAGCAGGACGAAGCUCGCGGAUGGUGCAGAUGAUCGUCACCGUUGAUGCCGAUGCCACAUGUGGAGUAGCACAUCAAUGAAACGAAUCUGCGGGAGGUUUGGCUGGUGUGCUCCCAUUCUGCAAGGCGUUUCGUCGUGUCAACCAUGCCGUCAAAUGCUUCUUUUUUUUUUGCGUAUAAUGCCGUCAAAUGCAUAGAAAACAGUCGUUAUGAAGACAAGCAAGUGUAUAGAAGAGAAGAGUUACGGAUGUAAUGAGCUUGUAGAAAGUUCACCCCUAAAAAACAGAGCUUGUAAAAAGUUCUCCGGUGUUCAUCUAAAAGAAGAAGGUUCUGCAUUGUCAAUCAAUUUUGUAAUGUAUACUUGCGUGGUUGAGUCAACCAUACCGUCAAAUGUACAGAAAAGAGUCGUUAUCAAGACAAAACAAGUAGUAGAAAAUAAGAGUCGCGGUUAAGCUCGUAAAGUACUCCAGUGCUAAUUUUGUAUA